GCCAGUUGUCUUGGAUGGCGUGCUGCGAUGGAGUAGUCAAGUGGUACUGAGCAGAUUCCAUUCGAAUUUGCUUUAUAUCGAAGGGUUAAAUAGUAAAUAAUUUGAGAUAAACUGCGUCGUGUCUUCUGUUGAUCUAACGCAGCCUAUUCAGCUCAAUAAGAUCAAACAAGAAGAGAUCGGGCGACUCGUAAAUUUACCGUCCAUAGUUGCAUGCAGUCAAGAAAAACUUCUUGGCGAACUCGCGACGUCAUGCUCGACCAAGCAACCCUUGCAUACGAGGGACAAUCUUCAACCAUAGCACUCAACCGACACUAAGCCAUUGAGCCGGUCUUGACAAUCAGAGUCAAUUCUGGCGAGCGUAUCUAGACCUUUACAGCCCUCGCUGCUCGCCCAGCCGAGUCCUCCGAUCGCGACUUGCACGCCGACCACAUCAGCUCACGAGAGCUCCACGACCCCCUCACACCAUGAACCGUGAACCUGUUCCCUCGUCCUUCGAGGACAAUCCCCAAUUCAAGGAGGAGACUGGCGCUCAGAAAUUUACCAGACGCCUGAAGGAGGAGCCUCUGAUUCCACUUGGAUGUGCCGCAACAUGUUACGCCCUCUACCGAGCCUACCGAUCCAUGCGAGCCGGCGACUCCGCCGAAAUGAACCGCAUGUUCCGCGCCCGUAUCUACGCCCAAGCCUUCACACUAGUCGCCCUCGUUGCCGGAGGAAUGUACUUCAAGACGGAGCGCCAACAGCGUCGGGAAUUCGAGCAGGCGGUGGAAGAGCGCAAGGCACAGGAGAAGCGCGACGCAUGGCUGCGGGAACUGGAGAUCCGCGACAAGGAGGACCGCGAGUGGCGAGAGCGUCAUGCGGCUAUUGAGGCGGCGGCGAAGGAGGCAGGACAGAGGCCGUCUUCACAGGAGCCGGAUGCCGCUCGGUCAGCUAUUGAGCCGGCGGAUGAAAAGUCGAUCGGGGUCAUGGAUGCCGUGCGGGCCUUGCUGUCAAGAGACAACUAAGUACGGGCUACAGUGUGGUAUGUCCCACAUUGUACUUUGGUCAAUCGUGGCACUUGUAAAAAACGGGGAUAGGUUUUGUAGUCGUGUAUGAUUUUGUAUAUAGAUGCUCUCAUCUCCACCAUACAUUUUAUGCUUGAAUUAAUUCUUUUCUGAAACC